AUGGCAGGAGGGGAGUCUAUGGACCAGCUCCGGUACCACGAGGCUUGUUGGGCGAGAGUCAGUGCGUGGGAUGCCAUAACUGAAAUGGAUGAACAUAAUCGUCCCAUUCAUACUUAUCAGGUAUGUAAUGUGAUGGAACCAAACCAAAACAACUGGCUUCGAACAAACUGGAUCUCCCGUGAUGCUGCACAGAAAAUUUAUGUGGAAAUGAAGUUUACCCUAAGGGACUGCAACAGUAUUCCAUGGGUACUGGGAACCUGCAAGGAAACGUUCAAUCUCUACUACAUGGAGUCAGAUGAAUCUCAUGGAGUAAAAUUCAAGCCAAACCAGUACACUAAAAUUGAUACUAUUGCAGCUGAUGAGAGCUUUACCCAGAUGGACUUGGGUGACCGCAUUCUUAAACUGAACACAGAAGUUCGUGAGGUUGGGCCAAUAAACAAGAAAGGAUUUUAUCUUGCUUUUCAGGACAUUGGAGCAUGCAUUGCUUUGGUCUCAGUCCGUGUUUAUUACAAAAAGUGCCCUUUCACAGUCCGUAAUUUGGCUAUGUUUCCUGAUACUAUUCCAAGGGUUGAUUCUUCCUCUUUGGUGGAAGUACGGGGCUCCUGUGUGAAGAGUGCUGAGGAACGUGAUACUCCAAAAUUGUAUUGUGGAGCAGAUGGGGAUUGGCUUGUGCCUCUUGGACGAUGCAUCUGCAGUGUAGGAUAUGAAGAAGUGGACGGUUCCUGCCAUG